GAGAGAGACAGAAAACGGAAAGCGGCGAUGGUGGUGGCGAGUCCAAACCCAAGACGGGCCGAGAAGAUUCAGGCCGUCGAGCUCCCGGUUAUCGACCUCUCUCCGUCGGGGAGAUCCGCGGCGCCGGCUCUCAUCGUGGAGGCCUGCGAGAAGUACGGCUUCUUCAAGGUGAUCAACCACGGCGUCCCCGGGGAGGUCGUGUCGAGGAUGGACGAGGCGAGCGCUGGCUUCUUCGCGAGGCCCGACUCCGAGAAGCGGGGCGCCGGGCCGGCCGACCCAUUCGGGUACGGGAGCAAGAGCAUCGGGUUCAACGGCGACGUCGGUGAGGUGGAGUACCUCCUCCUCGAGACCGACCCCGUCCUCGUCUCGCGCAGGUCCGUGGGCAUCUCCGACGACCCCAACCGAUUCAGCGCUGCUGUGAAUAGUUACAUAGAAGCAGUUAGGGAGCUGGCCUGUGACAUCUUGGAUCUGAUGGCUCAGGGCCUGCGGGCCCCGGACGCGUCGGUCUUCAGCAGGCUCCUCAGGGCCGUCGACAGCGACUCGGUCUUCCGGAUCAACCACUACCCUCGUCGCUCCGGCGCUGUCCUCCUCCGCGGCGGCGGUGGCGUGGGGGAGGAGGUCGGGUUCGGGGAGCACUCCGACCCUCAGAUCCUGACCGUCCUCAGAUCCAACGACGUGGGCGGCCUCCAGAUCUCCCUCGAGGACGGCGUGUGGACCCCGGUGCCCCCCGACCCCGCCGCUUUCUGGGUCAACGUGGGCGAUGUUUUGCAGGCAAUGACGAAUGGGAGGUUCUUGAGCGUGAGGCACAGAGCGCUGACCAACCCGUUCAAGUCAAGAACGUCGAUGGCGUUCUUCGGGGCGCCGCCGCUCGACGCGUGGAUCGCUCCCCAGCGAGAGCUGCUCGAUCCUCGAAGGCCCUGUAUCUACAAGCCCUUCACCUGGGCCGAGUACAAGAAGGCCGUCUACUCUCUCAGGCUUGGGGACACGCGUCUCGACCUCUUCAGGGCCCGCAAAGAAGGCGGCAUCGACUAGCGAGCAGGCGAAGAACAAGACAAAGAGGAAGAAGAAGGAGAUGGCUAUGUCUUUUUACCUUCUGUUCUUCUGUUGUUGGGGUCUGUCGUGAAGGGGAAUUUUGGGUUUUGUGGUUCUUUGUCCCCCCUUCCUGUGUUGGCAGCAAGAGAAGAAGCCUCCGGUGUUAUUGUCUAGAUUAGUGUAACUAGGGCAAAUGUACUGUUGCAAUCAAUGGAAAGGGUAUCUUAGGCGAUGAUGUUCAUGUUUGUAGCUUUCAUCUUGUCUGCUGACCCAUCAAUUGAUUUAUCUAUUGCAUUAGACAUAUUGAGGAAGCUUAUGUAC